CUGGCACCGUUGGAGUGGCCAGACACGUGCGGGCGGCGGCAGGUUGUAAGCAGCCCCGCCAUGGACGUGUAUCGCAAUAUUUGGUCCUGGUGUGACAAGGCGCAGCUGGAGAGACACGGCCAGCUCAUCAGCGACGCCGUACUGAACCAAGGCGUCUUCCAGAACAGUUCACAAUGGCCCUUCAAGAACCAUAUCGGGGAGGUCAACAAUCUUCUCAACAACAACAAGACGAGGGACCGAGGGCUGCGGUCGCUGGCGGACAUGCUGCCCCAUUGUGCCCAGCAGUUCCUGUCGGCGCAGAGCGAGCGAUGGUUCAGGUUCUGCUGUGAUGCUGUGAAGGUCGGGAAGAAUGGAAGGCAAGGAGUCCAGGCCUGCCAGCUGCUGUCGGGCCUGCUUCGUGACCUGCCCAGCCUGCCCGAACUUCAGCGCUGUGUGACCGCCAAGACUUCGGCCGCCAUUGUCCUGAACUUGGCGGCUGCGGAUCCUCAGGCUAACCCGGCAGCCCUGGAGUGUCUGUACCAGUAUGUCCGAGCAGCGCCGGGCCCCUGUCUGCAGCACAAGAACGAGAUAGAGGAGCGCAUGUUACACCAUCUCGACCACCCUGCGAGCCCCGCCAGUCUAGGAGGGGGCGUGGCGCGGCUGGCGGGGAGGGUGUUCGCCGCCCUGCCGCUGCCUGGGGUUGGUGGCGGCAAUGUGGCGCAAAGCAGAGCCGACGCAGUGGGGCGGCGGCUGGGUCUUCUCUUAGCUCUGGCGCACUCGCUGAUGGACACUUUGCUGGAUGGGGUGCUGGAGAAGGAGUCCUUCCCACACCCCCGCGAGCACGGCAGCCUCAAAGUCCGGCCGGUCGAGGACAUGACGCCGGCCCCCAUGAUGGCCCGGCUGCUGGCCAUCACGCGCCUCAUCAACACCCUCGUCUUCAUCGCCGAGAUGGUCACCGACGACGCCAACCCUGCCAUCACCGUCGCACCGAACCAUCUACUCAGUGUGGUGGUUAGGCUGCUGCAGGUGGAGUUGUUGGUCCUUAAUCGCUACAAGAGCCAGGAACACAAGCUGGUGGCCUUCUUCCUGCCCUCCCUCCACAACCAGGCCCUGCUUCUCCUCAGGGACAUGAUCAGCAGCCUCGGAGACGGCAUCGAGAGUUACCACAACAUCCUCGGCGAUCUCCUCACCUCUGUCCUCCGCUCAUACAAGUUCACCAAGGAGAAGAAGGAGGAGCAGCCGCCAUGGUGCAGCGGCGGCCUGCAGACGAGGGUGCUCAGCUAUGGGGUGCUGGCGGAGCUGCUCAAAGCCUCCCGGGGCCGCCACACCCCUCCCGGCGGCCUGGUGGCGAUGGUGGUUCAGGAUGCCAGCCCUCAGGAGCAUAGCGUGAAGCUGCAGAAGGGCCUAGCGAGCCUCACCCUACACAAGAGCUCCGGCAAGAAGAAGGGGUACACCGUCACCUCCGAGGGCAGCGGCGGCGGCUACCCCGGACCCGUGCCGCGACCGGGGAGCUUCGGCAGACUGGCUAGGGCGGCUCUAGUGGCGGCCGAGAUGAUGUUUACCCACUCGGCUCAUUCCAUGCACUUUGAGGACCAUCAGCGCCUCCAGACUGGCAUCCUGACCAUAGCCGAGGGUGUGUUGGGUGCGUCGCAGCUCCCCGCCAUAUACAGGGAUGCGAGGGUGAGGGUGCAGCUCUUCCACACCCUGGCCGCCCUCUCUGCCGCACCUCACCCGCGCAGCCCCCCGCCGUAUCCCCUGCUCACCCACCUCCUCCACACGGGUGCCAUGGAUGAGGAUGUGCAGGUAGCGUCGGCCUGCCAGAUGACAUUAUGUUCCUUGGGUGUGGUCGUGUCCAACCCCAGAGUGGAGGCGGCGGCGCAGGCCAUCCGACAGCACCAGACCAGCGGAAGGCCCCGGGAUGAAGAGGAGGAUGAAGAAGUGGAUAUGAUAAUUGAGCAACUGCAGGAGGAAGAGGAGGAAGAAGAGGAGGAGGAGGAGGAAGAGCCUGUACAGAAUAACAAGAUACCGGAAGAGGCAGAAAAGGAGGAGGAAGAGGAGGAAGUGGAGGAGGAGGAAGAAGAAGAAGGGAGGUCAAAGGAAUGGGAGACUGAAGAUAGUUUUGACUCCUUACAUGAUGAAGAGGAAGAGGAUGAUAAAAUUGAUAAAGGAAAGGAGAAGGAGGGAAAGAAGAAUGGGAGAGCCAAGAAUGGAGGAAGCAGAAGAGAGGAAGAGAAGAGGAUAGGAAAAACAAGCCACAGAAAGAAUGAAGGAAUAGAAGACGAUGAUAAAAAAGGAGAGAAAGAGGAAACAGAGAAAGGAGGCAACAAAAGAGGAGAUAAGGAGAUAGAGAUAAUAAGCAAUGGAGAAACACAAACAAAAAAUACCAAGAGGAAAACAGAGAACAGACAGAGAACGAAGAAGAAGAAGGGAAUGGAAGAGGAGGAGGAAGAGGUCAAGAGAAAUGGGGUCGUCGAGAGUGAUACGUCGCCCGCCAAGAAGGUCAAACUGAGUGCCAACCAGCAGGGGAGUGAGAAGGAGGGCAGCGGUGAACUGACAGUGGAUGAGAUGCUGCAGGACUUCGUGGAGGGGUAGAACACCAUCGCCUGCCUUCUUCAGCACCUCCACCACUGUUGCCUUCCCGUUCAUUUAUUGAGAAUGAUGCGGAUUGCCUCGAGGAUAACACACACACGAGCUGAGCAGAACAAUACGAGUUGUUUCCAUAAAGUUGAAUCUUCAAUAAAAUCAGUCCCAGGUU